AACCCAGACCCCCAAUCCCUCCAAGAACUCCCCCAUCACGCCACCGAUUGAUCCGCCCACGGCACGAAAGCGCGAGGCAAAGGUCGAUUCAUAACUAGGCGAGGCGAGAAGAGUCGGAGGGUGAAGAGCUGCCGAGAAGGGUCGCCGUAGAGCUCGCCGGAACCCACCGUGGCUGCGCUCGCCGGCGGGGAAGAGGGCUCGCGGGUUGCGCGCUUCUUCUCCUCGGUGCUCUCGGGGAUCUUUGGGCAAGGCGAGGAGGGGGACGCGAUGGCCGCACGCGCGCACAACAACGUCGCUGCCGCUCAGCAGCAGAACAGAGCUUUAGGUGGUGGUGGUGGUGGUGGUGUCCCCGCCAUGGGCAAGCAGCAGAAGGCGGCCAUGGCAGGCAGGCCCGACCCCAAGAACACCCGCCGCGCCCUUGGCGACAUCGGCAACUUCGAGGCCAACAACCGGCGCGCCCCCCUGGGCGACAUCGCCAACGUCGUCAACGUCCGCGCGGCCGAAGGAAACAGGAAGCCGCAGCCCCAUGAGCCGGUGAACCGCCCCGUCACGAGGAACUUCGGCGCCCAGCUCCUCAAGAACGCGCAGGAGAAAGCAAAGAACCCGGUGGCGAGACCUGCGGUGAGGAGGGCUCAUCAUGUCAAGCCCGCCCCUCCUCCACCGGAGCACGUGAUCGAGAUCAGCUCCGACUCGGACGUGACCAAGUCGGAGGCCGGCAGCGUCAGCUCCGUCCGCAAGUACUCGAGGAAGAAGGUGGUCACCACCCUCAGCCACGUGCUCUCGGCGCGCUCCAAGUUUGCAGCCGGAAUCACCGAAGAGCCAGCGAUCCAGGACAUCGACAAGCUUGACGGCGACAACCAGCUCGCCGUCGUCGAUUACAUCGAAGAUAUCUACAAAUUCUACAAAGUCGCCGAGAACGAGUGCCGGGCCAAGGACUACAUGGACUCCCAGGUGGAGAUCAACGCCAAGAUGAGGGGCAUCCUCAUCGACUGGAUCCUGGAAGUGCACCAGAAGUUCGACCUGAUGCCAGAGUCGCUGUAUCUCACGGUGUAUAUCAUCGACAUGUACCUCUCGCUGCAGACCGUGCUCCGGCGGGAGCUGCAGCUGGUGGGCGUCUCCGCCCUCCUCAUCGCCUGCAAGUACGAAGAGAUUUGGGCUCCUGAGGUGAAUGAUUUCAUCUUGAUCUCCGACAGCGCAUACACCCGGGAGCAGAUUCUGAAGAUGGAGAAGGCCAUCCUGAACAUGCUGGAGUGGAACCUGACGGUGCCCACGCCCUACGUGUUCCUCGUCCGUUUCGCCAAGGCCGCCUCCUCCUCCGAUCAGAAGAACGACAAGGAGAUGGAGAACACCGUCUUCUUCUUCGCGGAGCUGGCGCUGCUGCAGUACGGUCUGGUCCAGUCCAAGCCCUCCAUGGUCGCCGCCGCUGCUGUCUACGCCGCCAGGCUCACCCUGAAGAAAACCCCUCUGUGGACCGACACUCUGAAGCACCACACUGGCUUCACUGAAGCGCAGCUGAUGGAGGCGGCCAAGAUCCUGGUGGCCUCGCACUCCACGGCGCCUGACAGCAAGCUGAAGGUCGUCUACAAGAAGUACUCGAGCGAGAAGCUCGGAGGAGUCGCCCUGCGCCCGCCUGCGACCGACUUCUGCAAAUGAGCUGCCCGCCUGUUUGUUGCUUUGGAUCUGGACUUGGGAGUGCGAUGGAAGGAUUGUCUGACAUUUCGCCGUGUUGAUUGCUAUUCGUUUCUUGCUUUUAGAAGAGUGCAAGGAGGGUUUGCUAAGAGUUUGUUGUUUGGUCGCAAGUCAGGCAUAUUAUCUGACUUGUUGACAAGGAUUUGUGUGAUAAAAAUACACCUUGGUCUUGGUGUAUAUAUAUGUCUUCUGAAUGCUAUCUACGACAGUUAUUCAAUUAUUUGAAUAA